AUGACAACCCGUCCGCGCGCAAUGUCGGGGACUAUUCCCUCCAUGGAGUCUGCACAUGAUGAGCUCAAGGAGAACACCACCAUCACCGUGCUCGGGGCAUCUGGGGAUCUGGCAAAGAAGAAAACAUAUCCCGCAUUAUUUGGGCUUUACCGUAUGGGCUUCCUGCCCAAGGGUGUUCACAUUGUGGGCUAUGCGCGCACGAAGAUGGAUGCGGCCGAGUACCACAAGCGCAUCACAUCAUAUAUCAAGAAUCCUGAUAACGACCCCGAAGUGUCUGCUAAGCUGGAGGAAUUCAAGAACCUGUCGACAUAUAUCUCCGGUGGAUAUGAGGACUCGCCCUCGUUCGCAAACCUCAACAAGAGCCUUGAGAAGAUCGAGUCUGGUUACCAAGGCAAGGAGCGCAACCGUGUCUUUUACCUUGCCCUCCCUCCCAGCGUCUUCAUCCCCGUCGCACAGCACUUGAAGGAGCAAUGCUACGUCACCCCCGAUGUUGGCAAGUGCCGCAUCAUCGUCGAGAAGCCGUUCGGAAAGGACCUCGAGUCCUCGCGCGAACUCUUGAGCUCGCUCAAGCAGCACUGGACUGAGGACGAGACUUUCCGGAUUGACCACUACCUCGGCAAGGAGAUGGUCAAGAACCUACUCGUACUCCGGUUUGCCAACGUGGCGUUGAACGCUUUCUGGGACAAGAACUCCAUUAGUAACGUCCAGAUCACGUUCAAGGAGCCGUUCGGUACUGAGGGUCGUGGUGGCUACUUCGACGAAUUUGGUAUCAUCCGUGACAUCCUCCAGAACCACUUGCUACAGGUGCUCAGCAUCCUCACGAUGGAGCGGCCCGUGUCCUUCGCCUCAGAGGACAUCCGUGACGAGAAGGUCAAAGUACUCCGUGCCAUCCCUCCCGUCGAGCGCAGCGACACGCUGCUUGGGCAGUACGUCGGUGCCAAUGGCAAGCCCGGCUACUUUGACGACGACACCGUCCCGCACAAUUCGGUCUGCCCUACAUACGCAGCGACGACGCUUUGGAUCCACAACCCGCGGUGGGAGGGCGUGCCGUUCAUCCUCAAGGCUGGAAAGGCUCUGAACGAGGCGAAGGUGGAGGUUCGAGUACAAUUCAAGGACGUCACCCAGGGCAUCUUCAAGGACAUCUCGCGUAAUGAGCUCGUGAUCCGCAUCCAGCCGUCCGAGGCGGUCUACCUGAAGCUCAACACGAAGACACCUGGCCUGAACACACGCGCGAUCCCGACCGAGAUGGACCUCACGUACAAGCGGCGCUUCACCGAGGCGAAGAUUCCAGAAGCAUACGAAUCGCUCAUCCUCGACGCAUUAAAAGGCGACCACUCGAACUUUGUGCGAGACGACGAACUCGACGUUGCGUGGAAGAUCUUUACCCCCAUCCUGCACUGGAUAGAAGGUCGGAAUGGACCGUCGCCCAAGCCAGUACCCUACCCGUACGGCUCGCGUGGCCCGAAAGAGCUCGACCCCUUCAUCACCAAGUACGGUUACAAGCGGACCGUGCCCGACUACGAGUGGCCGGUCACGAACGUGGCGAUGCUGUGA